AUGCCCAAUAGCUUUCUCAAGAUGACUUUCUUUUUCAUGCUUUAUUCUGCACUUGAUAUUGUCCGGUCUCUAAACCUGUUUUGUCACUUCUAUGUGACGAUGUCCAGUGGUGGUUGGUUGUCUUACACCCUUCAUCAUGGACUUGUUAAUUUGGGCGAUGGACUCACAACUUCAAUUAAGAGGUGGAAGGAAGAUUUCUUCUUUGUUCAUGCCUCUACUUUCGCGGUCCAUAUGACUUAUGGUGUGUCGGCUGAUAGAGUUGCCGAUGCGACUCCUGAGUUGAGUGACGAUGAGCGGGAUAUCAUCGAUCGUCUUUUUGUAAAUUAUGUGAAAUGGUCGGAUCCUAACGAGACGAUGUUAGGGAUGGCUAGUUUGAGUUCCCAUUGGAAUAAGUUGAGGAAACGGCCUUUGCAUACCAUAGGGGGAAAACUAUUGAGCGGUUGCAUAAGAAGCGGCUCGCCAGUUCCAGUCAAGCGGUGGAGGAUGCUUCUACUCCAAAUUCCCCCAUUCAAUCAAAGUUAA